UACGUAAAUAAAGAAAAAUAAAUUCAGAUUGCUAGAUUCUCGAUUGCAUCGCCUUGUGUCUCAUAAUUUUAAUUAAAAUAACAAAAUAAGUUUAUUUAUUUCUUUCUACAUCGAUUCUCUCCUUCGCUUUAAAUCGAUAAGAUAAAAUUCAUGUAUCCACGUGCAAGGAUAAUUACGAACUUAAUGAUAUGAAAAGAAACCCGUAGAGGCGCCACAUACUAGGUAAUACUACACAACUUUAUCAAGCGACAUCAGGCACACACUGAAAAUUGACGUCACAACUAUGCAUAUAUUUGUUGGUUCGGUAAGAGAAUGCUUCAUGGUCCGCUUGGUUAUUCUUCCUUCAUUGUUGGUUAACGCACGUGCUUUUUAUCAUAUCUGUAUAUGUACACCAUGUUAAAAAUAUCAUUGAAAAUUUGGUAAUGCAAAUUAACCAAAGUAAAAUUUCAUGUGGUUGAUCAUCGUACAAAAUCAAAUAUGUUUGCAUUAUUGACAAAAAGAAUUUUGUUACCGCAACUUAUUUGUGCAUAUCGUUGUAGAUCCACUUCCAGUGCAGAAUCAUGUGGCGCGUUCGAUUUAGUUAUCGUUGGAGGUGGCAUUGUUGGAUGCGCCACUGCACGAGAAAUGUUAAUAAGACAUCCUAACUUAAAGAUGGCGAUCGUUGAGAAAGAAAACGCUCUGGCGAUGCAUCAAACAGGACACAAUAGCGGUGUAGUACACGCUGGAAUUUAUUACAAACCUGGCAGUAUGAAAGCAAAACUAUGCGUGGAAGGAUUAAAGCUAUCCUAUGAAUACUUCUGCAAACACGAUAUACCUCACAACAAAGUUGGAAAACUUAUAGUAGCUCAAAAUAAAGACCAAAUUAAACAAUUGGACGAUUUAUAUGAUCGAGGAAUAAAAAAUAACGUACCGGAUCUCCAAUUAGUUGAGAAAGAUUGUAUAUCGAAAUACGAAGCUAAAUGUCAAGGAGAAAAAGCAUUAUGGUCACCGUGGACAGGUAUCGUCGAUUGGGCGGUGGUUUGUAAAUAUUUUGCCAAUGAAUUUCAAAAAAUGGGUGGGAAAGUAUAUUUAAAUUACGAAGUUACCGGUUUCUCGGAAAUGACAGAAUCCAAAGGCAAGGAAGAAUUAUCUCCGAUUUUAGUACAAUCGAAAGAUAAAUGUAUCCCGACAAAAUAUGUGUUAACGUGUGCUGGUUUACACUCGGAUCGUCUAGCAGUAAUGACAGGAUGUGAUCUUAGUCCACGUAUCGUUCCAUUCCGAGGCGAAUACUUAUUGCUGAGCGAUAGCAAAAGGCAUUUAUGCACCACCAAUAUAUAUCCUGUUCCAGACCCUAGAUUCCCAUUUUUGGGCGUUCAUUUUACUCCUAGAGUCAAUGGCGAAAUAUGGCUUGGACCAAACGCAGUUUUAGCAUUUGCCAGAGAGGGUUAUCGGUGGCGCGAUAUAAAUAUAAGAGACUGUAUAGAAAUGGCAAAAUUUCCCGGAUUGUAUAAACUCUGUUUCCGGUACUUUAUACCAGGAUGCAAAGAAAUGAUUAAAUCAAUUUUUUAUCCACUUGCACUCAGAGAUUUGCAAAAAUUUAUUCCCGAAGUAUCCUUUAGAGACGUAAAAAGAGGACCAGCGGGUGUUAGAGCACAGGCAUUGGACAAUAAUGGUAAUUUAGUAGACGAUUUUGUAUUCGAUGGAGGGAAAGGUAGUAUCGGUGGUAGAGUGAUGCAUUGUCGUAACGCACCUUCUCCAGCGGCAACCAGCGCCAUGGCAAUAGCUAAAUUUAUUGCCGAUAAACUGGAAACCGAUUUCAAGCUUUAACGAGUCUGUAAACUUUAAUCUUUAGUUAGAAGGAAUUUUAAAUAAUGAAUACUCAAAUUCAUUGUGUCCAAUAAUACAUGCAAAAUUGAAAAUUUAUGUUUUAUAAGUAUGUGCGAAAAUGUAUGCACGAGAAUAACUUGUGCUCAUGACUCGUGUAUAUGUAAAUCGUAACAUGCAAAAAAACAUAUUUUGUGUUUUUUAUGGAACAAAACAUUCGUAUUACGAAGGACAUUCUCUAAAAAUAAUAUUUUAACUUUAUGUCACAAUAUUAUUAUAACAAGAUACAAUAAUUCUACUAUC